GGAAAGGCAGCUGGUGAAAGAAUCGUCAGUUUUCUAAGACGAGUCAGCUUUGUAAUCGAAAUGUCGUCUCGCCGUAUAAUGAAAGAAACCCAACGUUUAUUGUCCGAUCCAGUGCCGGGCAUCAGUGCCGUUCCGGACGACAGUAAUCCCAGAUAUUUUCAUGUUCUUGUUGCUGGCCCAGAAGGAUCACCCUUUGAGGGAGGUAUAUUUAAAUUGGAACUUUUCUUGCCAGAAGAGUAUCCGAUGUCACCUCCGAAGGUGCGCUUCAUUACAAAGAUAUAUCAUCCGAAUAUUGAUAAGCUUGGCAGAAUUUGUUUAGAUAUUUUGAAAGAUAAUUGGAGCCCUGCUUUACAGAUUAGAACUGUUCUUCUUUCAGUUCAAGCUUUACUGAGUGCACCCAAUCCUGAUGAUCCUCUUGCUAAUGAUGUUGCUGAGCAAUGGAAAUUCAAUGAACAAGAUGCUAUUGAAAUAGCUCGAGAAUGGACCAUGAUAUAUGCAAAAAAAUAAAUCGGUGUUGUUAUCUACACAUGUAUAUUUCGUAUAUAUAUAUAUAUAUUCAACCUUUUUGCUGAGUGCAUUUUUUUAUGUAGCCAUUCUGUUACGCACAUCAGGUGUUUAUUUCAUCUAACAUUAAAUCUUUUUUUAUUUACUUUCAUUUUUUUUCCCAUUAUAUACUGGAAAUAACAUUAUAUACUGCCUUCUAUCCUUAUAUAAAGCUAUUCAUUGUAGUGGAAAUAGUUUUUCUUGUCUGAUUACCCAUUAAUACAGCAUAACUGCUAAUCAUUUAAAUAUUAUGUUAAAUUAAGUCAUUUUGAAAGCUGUUAAAUGUUACAAAUAUGACUAUUAGUAAUUGAUUGCUCUAGAAUUCUUCAAAAACUCAAUUUUAGCCUGUUUAAUGAAAGAAAUUAUUUUCAAGACAGUUUUUUAAAUCAUGAACAUAUGAUUUCGUACAACUUUGUUUUGCGUAACUAUUUAUUGUAUGUUUGACAUUCCUAAUAAAUUGUAAAUUACUGCGACUGCAAUUAUUUCUUUCAGCUUUUUCCAAAUAAUAUGCUAUACGUAAGCAUAUUCAAAAUAAUAUGCUUAUCGUAAAAAGAUUGUAAUUUACCUCUAAUAUUUAGAAUUUCUAUUAUUAUGCAUAUAUAAUAUGUUUAAUAUAUCUCUUCAUAAAGGGAAAAUUUAAAUAUUCUGUGUAAAAUAGUCAGUCAGUAAUAGUAAUAUAAACAAAUUUUAUAAGCAAAGAAUUUUUAAUUCAUUUUUAUAUAAUUUUUCAUUUAUAAUGAGAAUAUUUAAUUUCCUUUUGAAGGAAUUAAUAAACAUAUUUUUUUUCUAGCUUACUGUAUUUAUCAUUCACUUGAUGUAUUAUUUAUGGAGGUUAUUGUAUUAUUGUUGAAAUUCUUUGAAAAAUGAUAUAUUUUUAUUUUUGAAACAACCUUUUUCUUUAAGAAAAGCAUUAUAAUUUUAAUUUAUUCUUUAAAAAUUAUUUUCAAGUUUAACUUAUUUUUAAAUUAAUAAUCUUUAUUCUAUGGGAAUAAAGCAGGGUUUUCUGAUUAAAAAAAGAUAUUAAGGUCUGUAUAAAUAAGAUUUUGCAUGUAAUGACUAAGAACUGAAAAAUGGAGAUUAAUAAGCAAUAAAAAACCAUUAAUGCAAUGAAAGAUGAUAAAUAACUGACACAAUUAGGGAAUUCUUUUGGCAAAACAAAAUUUUUUGUUAUCUUAUCGCAAACUCAAUUUUAAAUUGUCAGUUUAAUUUUUUUUUUUUUUUUUUUUCCCCUAGAUACAAGUAGAAAAAAAAAGUGAGAGUAUUUUUCAUAAAAUAUCAUUUGCAUGAGAUAUUAUAAGUAUUUCAGUACAAAAAUUUUUUAGUGAUAUCAUUCAGUUAAAUAAAUUGACAAAGCAUUAUAGAAAUGUAAAUUUAAACACCUAAAUUUUAAAAUAAAAAUGCCAUUAAUGUAGACUAAAUUUUGUAAGAAAUUACAUUAAGUCUUAUUCAUUACUAAUAGAUUUAUAAAACUCACUUCUAAUAUAUGGCCUGAUUAAUAUUAGAAUUUAUUAUUAUAACAGUGAGUAAUGAUUUUUUUGUGUUCUGUCCUAUAUUAAAAUCAGCUAUUGUUAAUUAUCAGUAUUUUCAAAAAAACUAUAUUAAAGUUUUUGUUAUUAUUAUAUAAUUUUGUUGGAAUUGCAAUCAGUAUAUAUUAACUUUUAGUGUAAACCUAGAUUUACCCUUUAAAAGAUUCAAGUGAAAAAUCUAGAAGUGAAUGAUAAAUUAUUAUAAUAAGUUGACAAGAUUUUUUAUGUUUUAGAUUACAUGUAAAGAUUGCAUCUUUUAAUAACAUUUGCAUCUCCUUUCUUCAUUUUUUGUUAUUUAUUAUUCAAGUUAAAUUAUUUCAUUUAAGACUUGAAUUUAUAUGCAAUACAAUGUCAUUUCAUGUAGAAACUUAGACAAAAAAGUUUUAAUUAUGCAAUAUUAUCUCUAAAAUGUUCUUUAACUUAGAUUUAUAAAAAAAAAAAAUGGCAUAUAUUUUAAGACAUGUGAAUCCCAUCAACAAUAAUUUUGUUUCAUUUUUGUUGUUUAAUAUAGAAAUCUUAAUGUUUGUUGAUAUUUUUCUCUGAAGAUUUGCAUGAUUAUUCUACAAUACAUGAAAGAAAGAAUAUGCUGACCAGCAAGAAUGAGUUUAUUUUUGAAAGUAUAGUGCAUUAGAAAGUUUUUAAAAUGACAUUGUGCAAAUACAUUCCCAUGUCUUAAUUUAAUAGCUGCAUUUUCAACUAUCUUGAUUAUUUAAUCAGUGAAGUAUAAUUCUUUGGCAUUUAUUAUAUGACAGUUUUUGGAAAUAAAAAUAAUAAAAUUAGAUCAGUUGAAUUUGAAAUUCAAUUAUGAAAAAAGGAAUUAAAUAAUUAUAUAUAAUUAUUUAAUUUCUCUUAUUAUACAGCAAUAUGUGUAUAGUGUAAUAGAAUAAGAAUGUCCAAUUGUGCAACAGAUAGAUAAAUAGUUUCAUUGGAUUGGUUUCAAUUGUAGCAUUUAGGCAGUUGGAGAACAAAACUCAUAAAAAUUAAAUUUUCUUAAUUUUUUUUUAAAAUCAAACAUUUAAAGCCUAUAGCCUACCACUUUAAAUAAAUAACUUUAUGACAAAAUGGAUCACUCAAGAUUAAUUAAUUGCUAUUAUCAGACAUUAUCACGGCAAAGAGCUUAUAAAUCUGGAACAUGCUUUUUAUAAUCUAACAUAUAUAAGUAAUAUUAUAAAGUUGUAUAAAUUAAUUUUCCACCAAAAUACAAAUAAGAUAUUGUUCUUUCUCUUAUAAACCAUAUUUCAAUAAUAUGUAUACAUUUUAUUUAUU